UUUUUCGCUCUUGAUUGGCCAAUUUUAUUUGUAUCCUAAAUAAGCAAGCCAAUUAAUUAAUGUUACAAAGAAAAAGACAUACAUACCUUUACCAAUAAUAACUAUAUAAAUACUAGCUUAUAGUAGCAUCAUAUUCAAUCCAUUCACAACAUCUCAACUUCUCAAUCAAAUAUUAAACACAAGUACACAACUAUCAUUAUUCUAGUAUUCUUCUUCUUUUUCUGAAAUUUUCACAUCCAAACAUAUAUUUUUCAUUCUAAAUGAUGACACAAUUUCAAGAAUUAAUUCCUGGAUUACCUGAUGACAUUGCUCUUGAAUGUCUAAUCCGUAUCCAAACACCAGCUUAUCUCGCCGCCACCGGCGUUUGCAGCCGUUGGCGCAAUUUACUAAAAAGUGGUGAGUUUUCUCAUCUCCGCAAACAAAACAGGUUGACACGUUCAUAUGCUUGCUUAGUCCAGGCGAAGUCUGAAACUCCUGGUUCUAAAACAACUAGUCCUGAAUUUGAUAUUUCUAUAUUUGACUCAGCAACUCGAUCUUGGGACCGAGUUGACUCGUCCCCUGUUUAUCCAACUCGUCUCCCGCUGUUUUGCCAGGUUGCUAGCUCUGAGGGGAAGCUUGUCCUUAUGGGUGGGUGGGACUCAGAGAACUACGAACCCGUGACUCGGGUUUUGUUGUACGAUUUUUUAACCAGGAGAUGGAAGCAAGGGAAGGACAUGCCCUCCAAACGAUCGUUUUUCGCUAUCGGAGGGCUAAACGGGCGUAUAUACGUAGCAGGUGGACAUGAUUCUGAUAAAAAUGGGUUGAACUCUGUUUGUGUUUACGAUAUCUUGGAGGACGAGUGGACCGAGUUGACACCAAUGAACCAAGUCCGAGAUGAGUGUCAAGGCCUGAUCAUUGGGUCUGAAUUUUGGGUCAUUAGUGGAUAUGCUACCGAGAAUCAAGGCGAAUUCAAGCCGAGUGCAGAGGUUUAUGAUGUUAACUUAGGUGAGUGGACUCAAGUUGAGGAUGUGUGGUUGGGUGGUGGGAGCCCAAGAUCGUGUGCUGGUGUAGGAAAGAAUAAGGAACUGAUCAACUGGGCUAGCUCAAUCUCAGAGGUUCGAUUUAGGACGUGUGCAAUUGAGUUGGGUGAUCGAGUUCUGGUGAGUGGCUCAGUACAUGAAGGGGGGAAUGGUGUGUUUUUACUUGGGAAGAAGCAACAAGAUGGCAAGUAUGGGGAGUUUGAGAAAUUGGUUGAUGUGCCUGAUGAGUUUUCAGGGUUUGUUCAAUCUGGUUGCUACGUUGAGGUUUAAGAAUUUUGGUUCUGUUUUUGGUUUUUGGAUUAUUAAUGUGACAUGUUUACAUAAUCGGAAAUCUUGGCUAGCUUUUAGUGAUUAGUAGGAUAGGUGUUUGCUUUCUUUUGGAUUGUAUAUAGAUAUGGAAUGUGGAUGUAAAGUUUUGGGUUGAAUUUCAUGCCUUGUUUCGGUGUGUA